CUCCGUGAGAAUGAAGAAGCAUCAGAGCAUCCAAAUGAUCAGUUUGGACACAUUCCAUUACCCAUCGUAACACUAUUCAACGGACCAGGUGGUGGGAAUCCCUUUACUGCGGGGAAGUGCAAGUGCAUCCAUGAGUUGUGGAUUAUCCCGAAACCGGACGUUUCUCCAGCACAAAUUUCUAUCGACCUAUACGAACUGAAAAAUCGGGUUGUCCAAACCCUAAUGAUGAAAUCAAACGUGAGUCUCCUCAUUUUGUGGCAGCAUUUUCGUUGUCAUUCUGCUUUAUUUAUCUCUUCAUGUGAUCCAAG